AUGUCUCUCCGGCAAAGGAUACCUUUUCGAUUCUCCGAGAACGACCAAUCUGAUGACCACAUAUUAGAUGAGCAAGAGCAGGAGGAGCUCAUCGAGAGCCUCCGGAGGCAGAGUCGCACAGUUGCAAGCCAAUACGUUAUCUACGCAGAGGUUAUCCUUGGACUUUCAUGUCUCCUGCAUGUCAUAUUCCUGUUCAAACAAGACAAAGAGUCACCGCUGUAUGCCUUGUUGCCGACUAUUGUACCUACUGCGCCACUGCCGCUUGCUGCGCUCUUCGCGGUACUGCACAUUGCACUUCACCUCAACCUCGGCCUAUUGCUUCUGCCAUACGAAAGUUCUAUAAUCCGCUGGCUUGCUUCACUCCCGCCGCCUUUGAGUGCACUUCCUAUUGUACUUUCGCAUCCGAUUUGUCUUGUAGCUCCUGCACUGGCGCCUGCGCUGUCUCUGCUGCUCUUGCGUGGUUGGCCGGAGACCGUGUGGUGGAGUGUUGCAGGUGCUAUGACAUGGUUUGUGUAUACCAUCCGACAGUGGCCGGAACAGAGCGAAGACGAUAUUCGCCAAUUGGAGAACAUGCGCUAUGACGCUCGUGGUGUAUGA